AUGGCCACUCCAAAAAAGGACAUUCUAGGAAGAAUGCGUCUAGAUGUAUUCAUACUAGCCCAUCUAGAAAGGAGUAAUCGUAUUGGUAACAUUAAAACCAAUAUGAAGAAGAAAUCGAAGUCGGAAUACACUGUGGACUAUGUCCGAGCCCAACUCGAUAUACUCGAGAAAGAAUGGGACGGUGUUCAAAGUCGUCAUGCAUGCCUAAUUGCAUCGGCGACCCCGGAGCAACGAGAGAAACUUAGCUAUUUUAAAGCUAAGCAUAUGGAUGAUUACGAGAGAGUCUUUCACGAAACUGCUGGGUACAUUUACGAGCAGAUUCGGACUCUCGAACGGCAAGAAGCGCAAGAAGCGCGUGCAGCGUCAGGCGAAUACGCCGGACAAGGCCAUACCACGUAUAGAGCUUCAGCCGUCACCAAUAAUCCUACGUUGUCGGACGCUCAACGAUUGCAGUACUUAAAAGCUGCUUUGGAAGGCGACGCAUUGCGUACCGUCUCCACGUUGGAGCUAACGAACGAGAAUUUCUCGAUCGCUUGGGCAACGCUCGAAAAGCGUUAUAAUAACCCGAGGCUGAUUCAGACCUCGUGGUUUAAGAAGGUAUUCCACCUCAAGCCCGUUAAGCACGACAACAUAGAAAGCAUCACGCAGAUAACCAUCGGCUUACAACAAGCCUUAGACGCGCUUCCUAAACUAGGCGUCCCGGUUGAUCAAGUGGGUCCAUUCCUGGUAUUUUACAUUUCCAGUCAGUUCGAUGAAGAGCUACUGGCGGAAUGGGAACAGACUUUCGAUGAUGCACGAAAGUUCCCCGCAUUUAACGAGAUGAUGUGCUUUCUUGAAAAUAAGGUGAGUGCUAUCUUUGCGGCAAAGGAUAUGCACAACAAACCGAAUUCCUCGAAAUCCGAGAAGAAGAAAGUCAGAUCCCAUGCAACGAACGUGGAAACACGGGCACGGGAAUCGACAUCUUAUUGCUCGUUUUGUCAACAGCAGCACCGAAUAACGGACUGCAAUGAAUUUCGACAACGUGAUGCACAAGGGCGUUAUUUCUGGAUUAGAGCAAACAAUAUGUGCACCAGAUGCUUGUCUGAAGGACGUACACUUCCGUCUUGCAGAAGUACGAUAGUCUGUGACAAAUGUGGUGCAUCCCAUCACACAUUACUGCACUGCGAACGUAAGACGCGUCCACUUAAAGGCAAGCAGGAUACACCUCGACGCGAUGAUCGCGGAGGUAAAAAGGAGCAUCGGAAUGCUCCUAAUUCGAGGCGUGAACUCCAAGCAGCGUCUUCGAAACAGCCAGUGUCAAUGCACUGCGACAAGACAGCUGAUCAACCAAAGGGGAUUAACUCGGUGCUACUAGCAACAGCCUUGAUCCGUGUUUACGGACCGAACGGCAAAUCGCGCUAUGCUCGCGCGCUCCUAAACCAGGGUUCCGAAAUGUCGUUCAUUUCAGCAGAUUUAGCGAAUUAA